AUUUUAACAGUUUGUAUAUAUACCUGGGUUUAAUGAUUGUUGUUCCGCUAAAUCAAAAAUGGUUACAUUGUUAUUGCGUGUUUUUCUUCUUCUUCAUUGAAUAGACACUGGCGAUAAAGGGCGGCUAUGCGGAAGCACCAACCUAGCCACAGGAAGAAAAACAAAGUUCUCUGUUAGCUUAGCGUGCUAGCAAUGGUUUUACUUCAAAGAUUUGUCACUGCCAUUGAACGGGAUACUGAAAGUAGGAUCAGUGGGGCGGUGUUUAAUCCCUUCGGGCACACCAAGGACACGCUUCAAAGUGCCGUGAAAGGGGGGCGUGCUAGUCGUCCACAAAGCUAGGCUAACGUGACAGCCGCGGAGGUUUACGUGUAGCCGGCAGGUGUAGAUAUCAAAGAUGGAGAGCUCCAGCAGCAGCAAGCCGAUGAUGGUGACAUCCUCACUUAACUUUACGGUCACCACGCCGUCUUUCUACAACCAGCCCAAGAAGUUUGCAUCGGUGGCCCCUCCGCGGCCCAAAAGUCUGACGCCCCCUUCCGCUCCGUCGCCAACCCCAAUGUCUGUGGGCACGGGCGUGAUUGGACGAGUGGGUGAAGUGCCCCCAGCACCCUCCUUGCUGUGUUACGAUUUCCCACCUCCUCCUCCUCCUCCUCCGAUGGAUGACGAUUUGCCAGCCCCUCCCCCCGAAUGUCAGAUCACGCCUCCUGCCUCUGACGCCCCAGCUCCAGCCUUCCCGGCUCCGCCCCCGGUCGACGAAGAACUCCCCCUGCCACCAGCCCCAGAAGAAAGCGCUCGGUUGCCCAGCUUUGCCUCGCCCCCUCCUCCUCCUCCUCCGCCACCGCCACCUGCGCCUCCCCUCCACGCCACUGGUACUAGUUUUCCCAGUGCUGUUGGGCACCCACUGAGGGCUGUGCAGAAGCAAACAAGCUUCGAUAAGCAGAUCGACUCUCUGACCGACUUGCUUUCCGAAAUGGAAACGCGGGGGCCCUUCAACCCUAAGUUGCCAAGCCAGUAUUCCACAGCGGCAUCACCCAAACCAGCCGGUCCCCCGCCAACAGCCCCCAAACCAACGCUCUCAUUCCUCCCCCCUCCUGAGAUGGGAGACCGCCCCCCUCCUGCACCGUGGGCAGAGGAGCUCAAAGCCCGCACCAGCCGACAGGCCAAUCACAACUCGCCACCAGCAGCGGCCCCAAAAUCCCCAUUUGGAGCGAGAACAGCCACUUCCUCAUCAUCGCUGGCAAAAAAACUCAACCAGAACCUGAACCAGUCGCCAUAUUCAGCCAGUGGUCAGCCAAAACCUUUCCUUGCAUCAGCCACAAGCACUUUGCCGCCACCUCCAGCUGCUCCACCUGCACCUCCUUCUCCAUCAAACAACAUGGCUACCAACAAUCACAUGAGGAGUCCUCCAUUUUUCAAUCAGGGGAACGUGAACCAAAGCCCACCUGCUGCCGUGCCACCUCCCCAACCCAAGACCAUGACAUCUCCUCCACCCUCCUCCUCCUUCAGUCAACCAAGGAAAUCUCCUCCUGCAUCCAUGCCAUCACCUCCUGGUCCAGUGUUAACUUCUGUUGGAGGUGUGCCCCUCAACAUGAGAGAGGUGGAAGAACUUGAGAAAAUGACCAAGGACUUCAUCAAAAACAUGGAUGCUCACCCACCUGUUGGCCCGGCCCCCCUUACUGAGCUUUGUGGCAAGUGUGGCGAGGCACUGUCCCGUACUCAGCCAGCAGUGAGGGCCAUGGAUAAACUCUUCCACUCCGACUGCUUCUGUUGCAUGGCUUGCCAUCGCCCUCUGCAGGGCAUGCAGUUCUAUGAGAGGGAUGGCGCGCCACAGUGCGAGGACUGCUACACGAGUUCCCUGGCAGUGUGUUCCCGAUGCGGGGAGAGGAUUACGGACCGUGUGCUGAAGGCGGUGGGUCAGUGUUUCCAUUCCCAUUGUUUCCGCUGCAUCACCUGCUCCUGCAUACUGGAGGGGGCGCCAUUCAUCACCGACGACAACAACAACCCAUACUGUGUCCAGGAUUACCACAGGCGUUUCUCCCCUCUGUGUGUCAGCUGCAAUGAGCCCAUUAUUCCAGCGCCAGGCAGCGAGGAGACAGUCAGAGUUGUGGCUCUCGACAAGAACUUUCACCUGAAGUGUUACCGCUGUGAAGACUGCGCUCGCCCCCUCUCCAUAGAAGCGGAUGAAAACGGCUGCUACCCACUGGAUGGUCGCAUCCUGUGUAUGAAGUGCCACUCCAAGCGAGCCAAGCAGGCAGCCCAGUGAAUCCUUUGUGUCCCUCGCGAUCCCCCUCCCUAACAUCUAAUCCCAAAACCAAAUCCAAAAGCACAGAUUCCAUUCAGCGUUUGGCCUUUGCGAAACAAACAGGGCUUUUCUUUUCAGUGUUGCUGCGCAGGUGUAAAUGUGCUACGUGAAAACGAUGUUUGCAUGCAGGGUCGACGUCCUUGUCUUUCUGUCGGAUCCAUGUUUAGUGAAGAGGUAAUGUUCUGCACCCUUCAAUAAACCAUGUCGUCGUCGUAUGUUUACGCUAAAAUGCUCCGCAUAUCUUGCACACUCGGAUCCAAGAGUAGCAACUUGGAAGUGGUAACACUCUACCUGCAGCUCUCGUAGCCUAUCAGCAUCGCAUACAGAUGUCUUCUGUUUGUUCACUACUACCACAUUAGCAUUUGUUGUGCCAGAAAAUAAUAUAAUCUUAUUUUUAGUACAAGAUAAACUCAAUUAAAUAGGAGCAAAGUUAAGUGUUAUAUGCAUGCUGUAUGGCCGCUCAAACUGCGAACAAAGAGCCGAGCAAAGCUUUACCAGCACAGAUCCCGCUAUUAUGUAGCUCAAAGUGUCACCAGCAUUGCUCUAAGCAGGACCUAUUAUGUGAUUAAAGUUUAAUUUAGAUUCUAAAGCUCCAUCAUAGGUGCGGUCUUUCUGAUGCUUUGAUUUGGAAACCUUUUGCUUUACAUCAUAACAAAAUACAUACCACUAGCACUAGCUUUAAGGCUUUUUAGGUAAUGGAUGUUUAAAGCCGCUGUAUGUCGUCUGCUCAAAAUGACAUUUUUUUAAUACAGCGGCUAGCAGGCUUAAGAAAACAGAUUGAACUGAUAAAUGUCUAUAUUUUUUAAACUUUGUAAAAACAAUUGCUGACAAAAAGACUUGCAAAUGCCUGUUGCAUGUGCGCAUAAAUAAACAAGAGUGAUGUUCAAGAACAAAAGGAUUUAAAAACGGAUGCAAUGGUGGUUGCUGUGUUGCUGUUGAAUCAGUGAGUGAAAUCAUCAGUGAUUGAAAUCAUGCGUUUGUGUGCAUUAGUGGGGCAUAGUGUACAUGGUUAGACCAUGCAAAAAGAGGGCAUGGUUGCUGCUCGAUGAAACACUAGCGCUCUAGGCAGCCACCUACCUAUCUGUGGCAUACAGCAGCUUUAAGCACAGUGACCAAAAUAUAGAAAAGCUGUUUUAAUGGAACAUUUUUUUACAUCAUGUAUUCAUUUUUGAGCCCAGUAUUUUGACUUCAAUCUCAACGAAGGGUUAAAAGUCUACUGCAAUUUCUUCCCAUUAUUCAUCUUUUCUACUUAAAUCAGCUGUGGAUUAUGUUAUCUUAUUUUAUUGUGCUGUAUUUAGUUGGUUAUGUCUUCAUUCCUAUCCUGGCAACAUGCCUUCGCUAUUGUAUCCCACCCAGCGUGGAUUACGAACAUAGAAAGUCAUUCCUCAGUAAGCUUGUAUUGAGUCAGUCUGCUGCAAAAAAAACACAACAAUAGUGACUCAGCAUUGCAUGCUUGCUGCAUACUGUAUUAUACUGUAUGUCUUCUGCACCAACAACUUAAAAAUGCCUUUGCCAUCCCUGUGACGAUGCCUGCGUUUAUCCGGUGUUACAUUGCCUUGUUCUUUUUUUGUAUAACUUUUUAUAUAAACUCCUGUUUGAUAUGUGUGAAUGUAUACAUGUUUAAAACAAAACAUUUAGCUCCAAUUUUUUUGGCUGUAACAAAAUCAAUAAAUGCCUAAAUGCUC